AUGGGGUCUGGGUCCCUGGGGGUCAGUGCCCCACCACCAGCACAGGGGAGCCCCUCCUGCUGCCCCCGCUGGGCAGAUGGAGCCCAGGCCCAGCCCAGCCCCAGCGGGCCACCAGGUGGCGCCAGUGCCCCAAGUUAUCUGCUGGCUGCAGGCACCCACCCAGCAGCACCCCAGGGGCCCCCAGUGGAGGUGGCGGGAGACGCGCUCCCCAGCCCGCGGGACCGCUCAGACAUGAGCCGGCUGCUGCUGCUCCUCUCGGCCCUGCUGGAAAUCGCUCCUGGUGUUGCCAUCGCCUACAAAGUCCUGGAGGUUUUCCCCAAAAGCCGCCGCGUCCAAAUUACGUGCCACUUGCCCCAGGCGCCGCCCCCCAUCACCUACUCGCUCUGGGGGAGUCAGGACAUCGAGGUGGCCAAGAAGGUGGUGAAGACUCAUGUCCCGGCCUCCUUCAGCAUCAACGUCACGCUCAAGUCCAGGGCAGACCUGCUCACCUACUCCUGCCAGGCCGCCUCGCGGGACGGCCACGCGGCCAGCACCAAGCUGCAGAUGUACUGGGAGCUGUGGACCAAGCCCGUGUCUCAGCUGCAGGCUGACUUCACCCUGCUGGGCAGCGCGUCGGCACCCAGGGUGGAGAUAUCCUGCCGGGCAGCCUCGGGCAGCCCCCCCAUCACCUACAGCCUGGUCGGGAAAGACGGGCGCGUCCACACGCAGCAGAGCCCCGAGUACGGGCAGCCGGCCAACUUCUCCUUCCAGCUGACCCAGACAUCCAACUGGCUGCAGUGCCAGGCUGCAAACGACAUCAGUGUCCAGUACAGCACCCCCACGCUGGUGCCCCCAGGUGAGAGGCCUUCUUGGGUCAGGGUGCUGGGUUCUGGGUUGGCCGGUGGGAGGGCCCGCCCUGGUCCUGAGGAUGGACGCCCAGCCCGCUGCCCCCCCCCAGGACAGCUGCCCCAGGGGCCCACGUUGGUGCUCGCUGGCAGCCUCUGCUCCAUCGCAGCCGUCACCACCGGGAUGCUGGGCUGGAGCGCGUGGGCCAGGUGAGGGGGACAACAGCUGAUGGUGU